UUUUAUCAAAUACCUAUAAAUAUAUUUCAAAUAGAUUUAGUGUAAUAUAUAAUGAAUUAAUAUAUUUUUAUAAAUAUAUAAUAUUUUAUAUUUUGUGGUCAAGAUACUUUUUAUAUUAGUAGAGAUUUACAUAGUAAUAGUGAGAAGGUCAUCAUAAAAUAAUACUAUAUGAUGACAAAAUUGUCAUCAACCUUUUCUUUGAUCAUCGGCAACGUGGAAACUUCUAACCUUUGAAUCUCAUUCCACUUAGCUUUUCCAUUUCAUUUCGUUUUCCUUUUCCCCGGUGUGGUUCUACAAUCAAGAGUGAUCAGCAGAAAUACUUCUGAGCUGUAAAUUAGGUACGAACAUGGCGCAGUUCACUUUCACUAGAAUCACUACAAUCCUCUGCUCACUGCUUCACUCCAUCGCUUUUCAAAGUUUAACAGUUGGAGCAGUUAACGAUCACAUACUUUUCCCAAAUCAAACACUUGUUCUUGGGCAGACUCUGGUUUCUCAAGACCAAGUUUUUGAAAUGGGUUUUUUCUCGCCGGGAAGAUCUUCAAAUAGUUUCCUGGGCAUAUGGUACAAGAGCACACCAGAAGUAGUAGUCUGGGUUGCAAACAGAAACCAUCCCAUCACCGCCUCACAAGCAGCAGUUUCCAUGAUUUCCAAAAAUGGAAGUCUUGUUAUAAGCAGUGACGAGAGCGUUAUCUGGUCGGCUAGUUCGUCAGAGGUAGCAAGAAAUCCAGUUGUACAGCUGCUGGAUUCUGGAAACUUGGUUGUCGUAGAUAACACGAGGGAAGGCUACCUGUGGCAGAGUUUUGAUUAUCCAACUGACACAAUGUUGCCCGGCAUGAUAAUGACGGACGGCAAUGAUACUGGUGUGGAAAGGUAUCUGACGUCAUGGAGAAAUCCGGAAGAUCCAUCUCCUGGUGAUUUUGUUCACAAGAUCCAAAACCGAGGCUUGGCUGAGGUGGUGACUCUAAGAGGGGAAAGCAAAAGAUACAGAAUUGGACAGUGGAAUGGGAGAUGUUUUGGCGGUGGUCCACGCUUUCCCAAUGCCUUUUACAAACCAGAGUUGGUAUUCAAACAAGAGAGGUUGAUAUCCAUAGGAGAGCCCUACCAGAGCUCAGUUCUGGUAAGAACUACUUUAGAUACAUCUGGUGCUCUCCUGCGCCUUACCAUGAAUGCCAGAAAAGAUAAGUGGAAUCUUGCCCUCACGUUUCCUCAAGAAACGUGCGAUGAAUACGCUAGUUGUGGUCCUAACUGUAUCUGCAGAUCUAGAACUGACAGCCCAGUUAGAUGCCAGUGUUUAAAGGGAUAUGCCCCUAAGUUCCAAAGGUAUUGGGACCUUCAAGAUUGGUCGGGUGGAUGCACUAGAACAGAACCGCUGAAUUGCGAUGGUGGAGAUGGAUUUCUAGAGGUUAGAGGGGUGAAGUAUCCUGAUAUGUUGAGGUUUUGGUUAAGUACGACGAUGAGCCUUGGUGAGUGCAAAGCCGAGUGCUUUAAAAACUGUAGUUGCACUGCAUAUGCUAAUCCAUUCAUUACAAAUGGAGGCAGUGGCUGCUUGAUGUGGUUUGGUGAUCUCAUUGAUAUCAAAGAACUUUCUGCAGCAGAUAGUAAGCAGAACAUGUAUAUCCGUGUGCCACUUUCUGAACUAGAUUUUAACUCCGGUUUAGAGGAGAAGGAGAAGGAGAAGAAGGAGGAUAAGGAGAAGGAAUGGCCUAUCAAGUUGAUACUGAUAUCAAUUGCUUCUGGUAUUCUCAUCUCAGCCUUAAUCAAUGCAUGUGUUUUAAUGGCAGGACGAAAGAGGCCAGCCGCAAAAAGGAAUGAUGAGGAUUUAGAAUUACCUGUGAUCAAAAUGGCAACUAUUGUGCAAGCAACAAAUAAUUUCUCAACAGAAAAUAUGAUUGGAGUUGGAGGUUUCGGACCUGUUUACAAGGGGAACAUGCCAUCGGGAGAAGAAAUCGCUGUCAAAAGAUUAUCAAAAUCUUCACGACAGGGUCUUGAAGAGUUUAGAAAUGAAGUUAUGGUGAUUGCAAAACUUCAACAUCGAAACCUCGUUAGACUUUUGGGAUGUUGCAUUGAAGAAGAGGAGAGGAUGCUAAUCUAUGAAUAUUUACAGAACAAAAGUCUAGAUCUUUUUGUUUUUGAUCACAGUGAGAAAACACUAUUGACAUGGCCGAAUCGUUAUGACAUUAUCAUGGGAAUUGCAAGGGGAUUGCUAUAUCUCCAUCAUGAUUCCAGAUUAAAGAUUAUUCAUAGGGAUCUCAAAACGAGCAAUAUUUUACUAGACGGACAUUUAACUCCAAAAAUUUCAGAUUUCGGCCUAGCAAGAAUUUUUGAAGAGGAUCAAUCUCUUGCCAGAACAAAAAGAGUUAUUGGGACAUAUGGAUACAUGGCUCCGGAAUAUGCAAUUGAUGGGAAAUUCUCGGUGAAAUCUGACAUCUUUAGCCUUGGAGUGGUUUUGCUGGAGAUAAUUAGCGGGAAAAAGAACAGAGGAUAUGGACACACGGAUCACUAUCUUAACCUCUUGGGCCAUGCAUGGUUGCUGUGGAAAGAAAACAAUAUUCUAGAGUUGAUGGAUGAAUGUUUAUAUGAUACAUAUACGGAGUCCCAAGUGAAGAGAUGCAUGCAAGUUGGGUUAUUAUGCGUUCAGAAAUUUGCAGAAGAUAGGCCAAACAUGUCAGCUGUGGUUUCAAUGUUAGGAAGUGAUGGAGCAGUUUUGGCGGAACCAAAAGAGCCUGGGUUUUUUAUCGAAAGAAGUAGCAGCCUGGUGGGGAGUUGUACAUCGCCCUCAUGUAUUGAGUCAGAGAAUGAAACAAUCACCAUUACUGAUUUGGAGGCCAGAUGAUCAGCAUAGGGACCCAGUGGGCUCACUUGGUCCCCGUGAAAAUUCGAAUUAUUUUGCUUUGAAAUUUGAGUUUCCGUUCAUUUGGAAAUACGCUGUCAUUUUUGUUGCUCACGGCCCGGAAAACACCUAAUUUUGGGUCACAAUUGACGGUUCACUAUUCAUCAAUGCAAGAAUAAUUUUCGGUGCACAA